GAGACGUACAGUAACCGAAAAGAGAAGCGCGUGAUUGACGCCACACCCCACAUCUCCUCUUUCAUCAGAUCACUCAUCUCCUGCGUUUUUCUCUCUCUCUCAUCGCACAAACAACGGGCAAAAAAAAGGACAGAGAAAGAAAGAGUGAUUUUCCAAUUCUAAAAGGAUAAAAGUAGGGACUGAGUUUAUAUUUGAAUGACAACAACAACAACAACAACAACAACAAUAACUACUACUCCGCCAACGUUGCUUUCCCUCACAAUCGACACUGCUCUUCUUCAUCUUUCUUCUUUUUCUGAUCUCUCUCCUCUUCCUCCUCACAUUCUUCUCGAUCUCUUUCUCAGAACACUGAAAGCUGGAAAACUGAAUGAGAAGAUCUUGAAAUUGUUCAUAGCUUCUGGCGACGACAAAGUUCUUUCCUUCAUCAAGGAGCUCAAUAUCCAGCCAAUAAUUAAUCCUGUUAUUCCCACCCACACCCAAAAAUGGCCCAAUUCAACAUUAAGGAUGAUGAUGUGGAUAUUGUGAUUGGUGCUCUGCAGUCUGAUCUCACAUCUUUCAUGAAUGCAUGGAAACCCAUCUUCUCUCGAUUUCACUUGAUUAUAGUCAAAGACCCUGACCUGAAGGAUGAUCUGAAGAUUCCAGAUGGAUUCAAUGUUAAGAUCUAUACAAAGGCUGAGAUGGACAAGGCUGUUGGAGCCUCAUUGACUUCCCAGCUUUUCUCUGGUUAUUCAUGUCGCUACUAUGGCUAUCUUGUCUCCAAGAA